GAAGAUUGUCAAACAGUUUUGUCGAUAUUCCAAUGCUUUGAAGGAUAUAGCUCUCCUGAGUUAUAUUUUUGGGACAUAAUGGACACUACAAGAGAUGAAAUUGAAGGGCUUAUGAAGUUAUUUAAUGCUGAACCUCGUAGACGAUAUGCAGACUCUGAAGAUGAAGAAUUGGAAGAUAUUUCAGAAGUGAACUCUAACACUAAUGUUGAAGAUAGAUCGGAAGAAAAAAAAAAUCCUUAUACAAAAAUUGAAGCCGAAGAAGAACAAAGAAUGAAGUAUGAAGAAUUAGCUGCUGAAAAUGAAUUUUUCCUCGACGAAGCGAAACCAAAUACAGAUUGGAAGAAGACUCCUAAAUGGCAAUUUUCUUACAGACAAAAAGUAACAUCUUCCGAUGUAUUUUUGCAGAUGGGGCCAAAGAAUCCCUCGACUGCUUGUUGUGAAGAUAUGAUCAUUGAGGUUUACCUACCCAAAGAUAAAAGACAGAAUAUAGACCUCAAAGUUAAAAAUAACCAACUGCAAAUUUUUUCCCCCAACCAUGUGUUAGAUAUUCCUCUGCCUCAUCCUGUUGAUCCUCAGAAAGGGAAUGCUCAGUGGGAUCAAGAACAAGAAAAGCUCACUAUUACUUUAAAUAUGCAACGUGAAUUUGAUUAUAUGAAUUUCUAAAUGAAAAACUCAUAAUAAUAAUAAUACUUCAUAAUAUUAUAUCAUUAUACAAUU